AUGUCCCCCGCUGCCCUCCUCGCAACUCAGGCCAUCGUUACGCCCCCUCCUACCCCAAAACCGUCGACUUCUCCCAUACCAUGGGCACCCAGACGAGUCGCCGACCCUCCCAGGCGCACCAAGUUCUCCUUCGAUUCGAUGGACGAUGCUUUGACAGCGUUCGCUGACGGGGAAUUCGUGGUGGUGAUGGACGACGAGGACAGAGAGAAUGAAGGGGACCUUAUUAUCGCUGCAGCGCACUGUACGACUGAGAAAAUGGCCUGGAUGAUCAAGCACACAAGCGGUUUCAUCUGCGUGGCCUUGACCGGGGAUCGGCUACGAGAACUCGAAAUCCCGAUGAUGGUGGCCGACAACCAAGAUCCGCACAAGACGGCGUAUACGGUGACUGUGGAUUACAAGCACGGAACGACCACUGGUAUCUCCGCGCACGAUCGUAGUCUCACCGCGCGGUCACUUGCAUCCCCCAACUCACUUGCAUCGGACUUCUCACGCCCAGGUCACCUAGUCCCCCUACGUGCUCGAGAUGGCGGCGUACUCGCGCGUACCGGCCAUACGGAAUCGUCUGUCGACCUAUGCCGACUUACUGACCUUCCACCCGUCGGCUUGUUAUGUGAGAUGGUAAACGACGACGCGGAGGGCACGAUGGCCCGAAGGGACGAUUGCCGAGCGUUCGCCGAUCAGUGGGGUAUAAAGAUGAUCAGCGUACAGAUGAUUGUCGAGCGGCGGAAGCAGUUAGAACAGGAUUGUGGAAGGGCUUAUGCGAAUCUGUAA